UAAUGCUUGGAAAGAGAUUGCAGCGUUGCAUGAAGGAGAAGGAGCGAGUGUCAAUUCGUGCAAACAAAGACAUGAAAAUCGCUGGAAUGUUGAGGGCACAAGUUCGUGUGGUGAUGAUGAACAAUGCUUAACAGCCUCAAGUAGAGGGAAAACUACUCCUGCAAGAGAAACUGCAUCUGUGCGAAAGCUUUGUGAUCAAGCUGCUGGUAAGAGUGAUGAUUUGGAGAAUUCUUUUAGAUGUAAACUGAUAGAAUUGUCAAGUUUGUCGAGUGUAUUCCAGCCCUUACACCAACGCCACGCUAGGGGAGAGCUGACCACGAGAUAUGACGUGGCUCGGACUUAUGGCAAUAGUUCGGUCAUCGAAAUAGAAUGCUCCAA